CAGGUCGUCCGCUUGGCGACACGCAUUUCUCUUGAUAUCAUCGACUUGUCGAAGCAACAGGGACCGAUCUGGUAGCCAGAUCGCGUUAAUAACCGGCGCAUACACUCGCUCUGUCAGCAUUACUCUCGAUCGAAGGCGCACAAGUCAACGCGGUCCACGAACCUUUAGUCCGAGGAGACGGAGUCGGCACCACACAGAGCUCCUAUGCGGGCGGAUUGAAGCAGGCACGCGGGCAGAGAAGAGGGAAGAGAGAAGAAGAAACAGAGAAAAAGUAGUGUGUGUAUGUAAGGAGGGUCAAGGAACGACAAAAGGAGCAAAAAGCAAGGAAGAACGGAGGAGUAAGAAGGGCACAUGCUUCCCAUACAACGAAAAAGGCCGACAGAGGGGCGCAAAAACGCCCUCGAGGGAGCGACUACCUCCUUUGCCUCGUCGUCGCGCUCAAGAAAGAGGCCCGACACGGCCAGCACCGUCAACUCCUUUGCCUCGGCGCGAGGCUUUUCCUCCGACGAUGCCUACUCGCCGCCAAACAUGACGACCAGCCUGCCCAGGGCCUCUAUUGGAGGGAACAGCAUUGAUUCGAGCAGGAGCAGUAACCACUACGCAAGCACGGCGAGGCGGCCUUCGACGAGCAGCAACAAGAACAGCUUCGACGACAUGCUUCGAAGCGGCAACACGUGGGUCAUGUCGCAGACGGCCGAUAUUGCAAAGGAUGAGGCCGCCCGACGGAGGCUCGUGGCUUCAUCGCCCGACCCUGCUCGCUCCUCGUCUUCGUCCUCGUCCUCGUCGAGGGGCGACGGUGGAAGGCGGCUCAUCGUCAGGAGAGCCUCGGAGCUCAUCGACUCCGAGGAUGACGAUACGGCAGAGGGCCACGAUGCCAUGAUUGACAAGGCUGCUGGUGGUGGUGGUGGAGGGCCCGGCGGCCAGAGGCGUCGAGUGACCAAUCCGGUUGGGGCAGGCCCAGCGCAGGAGACGAUCAACGAGGACGUGAGUGCCGAAGCUACGCCCCGCUUGACCUCUCCCUCGUCUCCGCUCCAUGCGCAGGGGAAGACGUCGCCAUACGGCGCAGCCCCGCCGCCGUCUUCCAUCCCCGUCGAGAGGAGCCCGUCGACGUCGACGCGCGGCUCCUCCCUGGCACGGUACGCAACGCCGCCCAGCGGAGGGGCUAGCCCGGUGCUCGCACCAGCGACGGCUCUACCUGUUCACCCUCAUCAUCGCGACAGGGGCCAAGAUAUGCCCACGUCCCCGUCAACUCCCGAGCGUCGGCGGGCCAAUGGACAGGGCAGCGCGCAGCAGCAGUCCUCGAGCCCAGACGCGCCCAGCAACGCCGCCGCCGCCGCCGCCGCCGCCGUCGCCGUCUCCGCUGACGCGAGAGAACAAAGGCAGGGGCUGGGCCUGGGUGUCGGACCCAGUCAGACUCUUGCUCUGCCCGCUGAUCAGCAAAACUCAACACCGCGCGCAAGGAGUAAGACGGACGCCAGCAAUGCAAGCAACGCGACAUACAUGCCGUUCCCCACCGACAGCAAGCGCCCACUCGAAAGUAUCUCCUUGGCGGCCGAGCAGCAGCAGCUGGCCGACAUGGAUAAGUCGGGGACGACAUUCUUCAAGGAGAGGAUGAAGAAAACCAGUGGCUUCCUUCGGCGCCUUCGUGGCGGUGGAGGCGGCGGUGGCAUACAGACGGCCGCUGAUGGAACGACUUCAACGCCUAAGCUGGGUGAUGUCGGUCGUUCUCAGACAGCCAAGGCAACAAUGAGCGCAGCCAAGCUCGUGCCACCCUCGACACCGAAGCUCAACAGAAAGGCGAGCCAGAAUAGCGUGGCGAGCGAAGGCGGCGCCAGCGUCAGGAGCGCACCGGGCGGCUCGUCCAGGGCUACAGACUAUGCAGAUGAGGUGCCUGUGCCCGUGCCAAGCAUUCCUAGCAAGUUCAAGGAUCAGGUCCCAACACCGCCGUUGCGCACCGACUCCAACCCCAAGAAGGAGACCAAGGAUACUGGUAGCCUGACGAGCAGAAGGGUGAAGAGCAAGCAACGGGAAGCCGAUGGCCAGCGCGCCAAGCAAUCUGACGCGUCCAGGUCGGUCUCGGCGCCACAAGGUGGUGGUGGCAGCAAUAACGAACCUGGCCUGCCUCCAUUGCCAUCUAAAGAGAGCAUGAGCAGCAGCAGCAGCAACGGGAGCAGUAGUGCGACUGCGGCUCGGCCUGUCGCCCCGGAGCACCAUAGGCACGUUCGAAAGGCUUCCUCAGCUCAUGGUGGCUCGGCAGGAUCUGGAUCGACGGAGAUGCGGCAUGCGCUCAGCGCCUGGGCUUCCGAGAUGGACCAGACGCUCAGCACGGCAGCGCAAGACCUCGACGUCAAGACAAAGAUGCAAAAGCCGGGACUCUGGGGCCCGACGCCCCAGUUGCCCGACUUUGGCCACCGGAACAGAUCAGGAAGUUUCAUGGAAGAAGACGAGGAGGCAAACACGGACCAACGGACGGCUCAUUCGGCUCCCAACACUCCCUUGGAUCUCACGCCGAACAACUCGGCCUUUGUCACUCCGCAGGGAACACUCAGAGCCAACAGCAACUUCCUUCAGAGGGCAAAUGAACUCGGACUUGCGCCGCCCGUGCCUGGCGGUAAGGUGAGCAGCAAGUCAAGACCCUCUAUCAUCCAAUCCGAUCCUGCUCGGUCCGCCUCCUCCCUCUUCCUCCGGGACGCAAAGCCGGACAGCCUCGAGCACAAUGCCGAGCGACCCAGUCGCUACGAUCGAUCGGGUGCUCGAUCGGAAAAUGCCUCCAACAUGACCUCGGUCAGCUACGAGACGGCCAUCGACCGGCAGUCUGCGUUCUUGAUACAUGCAAACAGACGCGAGGCUGCACCCGAUGCAAACGACCUCGACGUGUCGUCGUCGUCAAGCGAAGGCAUCGAUCCAGAGACGUCCAUCAGGCUGAUUACGCCCGCGAGCACCGCUGAUGGUGACCCCUCUGUGACUCUUCCGCCUUCCACGGGAGAAUUGAAGGCCACCUCAGACACCGCCGACCAGAGCAAGUCAGACUACAACUCGUCAGACGUAGCCAGCGCCGGCGCCGGCACCGACUUGGCAGGCCGGGCAAAGGAGGCGGCCAGCCAAUGCUGGAACGAAGACGAGAGUUUCAAGAAGCGGGAAAAGAUUGCCGAAUGGCUUGGUGGCGUCGGCACCCUUAACCACCUGGCUCGCCAAUUUUACUUUCAGAACUUUGAUUUCUCUGGCCUCAGGCUCGACACGGCUUUUCGACGGCUCUGCGACAAGCUCUUCUUGCGUGCAGAGACACAGCAGGUGGACCGGAUCCUGUCGACGUUUAGUGCUCGCUACGUUGAGUGCAACCCGACCAGCCUCUUUGGCAGCGCAGAUGUCGUCCAUUCUGUCGUCUUUUCUCUCCUGCUUCUCAACACCGAUCUCCACGUCGCCGACAUCAAUGACCGCAUGACGAGGACCCAAUUCGUUCGCAAUACUCUCUCUGCCCUCGGCGAGAGCGGCUACCUGCCUUCAUCUCGGUCCGGCGGCACGCAUGAUGACUCGCAGAGCUCCAUCAAUGUCAACAUGGAGCCGUCGUCGGCCACUCAGCCGUUGGCGGUGUCGUCUGAAGCCUCGAGUGCGGCCGCAAAGAGCGGAGCGACAAGCCCUCAGGACGUCAACAAUAAGCUGCAGGUCGGCAAUGUCGUCAACCAGCCAAGGGAGAAGGCCAGGAGCGUAGCAGGCAGCGUCGGAAGCGCACCGGGUCUCACGCGCUCUCCUUCCAUGAACAGCAGUGUGAGCCGUAACCCGCCCUCGUCCUACUCCAAGAGCUUCGAGGUCGAGCUGGAGAAUGUCCUCAAGGACAUCUACGCAGCCGUCAAGGCCGAUCGAAUCCGUUUGCCUCUAGACGACAGUCUCGACUUGGCGCCGAUGCAGAACCAACGAAGACCGGCAAAGCCAUCUGCGCCAGGGUCAGAGCGCUACAGUGCGCUCAAGAGGGGUAGUAUCCGAGGCAUCCAGGGAUUGCUCGGAAAUAGCACUGCGGCACUUCGUUCCGACGAGAGCCUCUCGCCCUCGUCGUUUGGCGGAAGGUCCCUUGGUGAUAGCUGGCUUUUUGCCCCCUCGACUUCCACGGCCACCAGCUCCGGAGCUUCGACCUCGCACCUCACGAUGCCCACACUGGGUUUUGCCAAUACGCUUAGUCAGAGCAUCAUCCGUGAAGCUAAUGAUGAGGACGGCACUCGAAGCUUGGCGUCCGGUGGCGACGACAUCACCGACGAAGAGCUCGCUCUCAUCGGCCCGCCCUGGGCCAAGGAAGGCACGCUGACGCGCAAGCAUUACUGGGAGGCGCCUCAGAAACGCGCAAAGGACAAGAAUUGGGUCGAAGUCUUUGUCGUUGCGCAAAAGGGCACUCUGUCUGUGUUCCGCUUCGGCGACUCGGCAUCGUCCACUUCCUCGAGUCAGCAGGCCAGGGGAGGCGGACCAGGCCGGGGAACUGGUGCUGGCGCGGGCGGUGGUGGGAUUGGGUCCGGUGGUGGAAUGGGAGGGGGUAAUUGGCUCUCCAAUGCCGUGCCUCUGGGCCAUAUUCCGCUUGCUCACACCCUUGCGAACUCGCUGCCGCCGCCCGGCUACAGUCGGGCGCGACCACACGUCUUUGCCCUCACCCUACCCGGCGGCGACGUCUACUUCUUCCAGACGGGCCACGAGGAGCUCGUCCAAGAGUGGGUCUCAACGUGCAAUUACUGGGCUGCAAGGCAGAGCAGAGAGCCAUUCGCGGGCGGCGUCUCCAACAUGGAGUACGGCUGGAAUCGUGUCUUGCCGCAGGAAGAUGACGAUGGCGACCUCGACGAGGCUGACGAGGUUCUGGCCAAUGUGAGCGAAGAGGCUGCCUCGCCAUCGCCGCAGCCCGACGGAGGAUUGUAUUCGGCGUCGACUAUCGGCGUGUCCAGUGCCAAUGCCAAAGGCUCUGAUUCGAGGAGUGUUCGCAGCGGCAGAUCGGGUAGAUCGCUCCGAUCGAGAGCAGGAAGUGCCCUGUUUCAGAAUUGGACCGAUGCGUCGAGCAUUGCGCUUCGCGAGCGAUCUGGGAGCUCAAGCAUCUUCGAGGGUCAGGGGGGCUCGGGCACGGGCGCAAUUACCAAUGGAGGUGCUGGUCGCACCGGCAGUGCAGGCGCCCUCAAGCGAGUGCUUAGCCACACAACGACGUCAUCUGCGCAAGGCUCGGCACCUGGCUCGCCCUACCGAGGCGCUGCCAGCAACGUAUUCGCCGACAAUCGCCCAAUCUAUGUCAACGAGUGGCGUCCGCCCGCAGCGCCGAUGCAGCCGUCCACGCUGUCUGAAGAGGACCAGCUCGAGGCGUGCCUGCGCCACACAAGCCGCAUGGAGACGGAACUGACGCAGCACAACUCGUUGCGCGAGCCGAUGCUCGCGCUCAAACCACCGCCCAAGGCUCUGGUCAACUGGGAGCGCAAGAGCGCAUACCUCCUCGGCGAGCUGACCAAGUUCCAAGUCUAUGUCGACUCGCUCCAGGCCGCCGCGCACUUGCGGGCCGAAAUGAGGGGAAAACGAGAGGUGGAAAAGAUGAUCAGGGAUGCCGAUGAUGAACUUGCAAAAGUCAACGAGGCAGAAGAAGGGCCGCCAGUGAGAACGGUGGAAACAGCUGCUCCGUCUCACUAAGUUUUACUACGAGAGGUUGGGAGACUCCCCGGUGUACGAUAGACGCUCUUCAAUUUUGUCUUCAACUCAAGUCCUGCUGGAUGGGGUUUUCUUGAAUGCGAUUACGC